AUGGAGGUCAGCCCCAGCUAUCAUGGUUACAUAGAGACUAACACAGAUGCUCUGCUCUUGGCGCAGGCGAUACUGGACGGAAAGUUAAAACCUGUUUCGCGCAGGCCUUACGAGAUUGAGAGGCCGCAGCUGAUAAUAUCAGGCAAUGUAUUCGUUUUCAUCGAGGAAAAAUCAGGCAUCAAACGGUGGACAGAUGGGGUAUCAUGGUCGCCGUCACGGAUCAUGGGUAAAUUUUUGGUAUACAGGGAGCUGGACAAGCAAAACAGCUCGCUCCUGCAAGGACACGCGGGCCAAUCCGGCAGGCGGAAGAACUCAGAUGUGGCCGAGCCCUUGCAGGAAGACCAGAGAAACCCCGUCUCAAAAGCUUUAGUUGGGUCGCUGAACAGCUCCUAUGCGUUCAAGCCGGGCGGCCUAGUGAAAAAAACAAUGUCACUGAAGUUGAAACGGGCUUCACAUGUGGAAACAAUACAUAUUAUCUCCUACUACACUGCAGAGGAUGUGGAGUCUGGAAAACUGCUGAAGCCCUCUGGCACGCCGUUCUUCAAACAACUACAGCCCUGCAGAGAACUGAUUCUCGCUCUAGACAGCUCCUCCGUGGGCAAUUCCAGAAAUGCCAGCAGCAAUAUGGGGUCGAGUAACCAGGUUGUAAAUGUGAGCAACGUGCCCGUUCUGCCUCUCUGCACUCAGCUCCCGGGCGCCGCUGUAUCCUCCUACAUUAACCCACCGAUCGUCCAGCCUAUAGUCAACCAGUCUGGGUACCAGGGCCUGGGCCAAUUGACCACUCAUCACCAUCAUCAGCAUCACCACCACCACCACCAGCAGCUUUCGCAAGCGUCGUUACAAGGUCAAGCGCAUAAUCCAUUCUACAGUCAUAAUUACUACCCGGGCUCAUCGCAACAUAAUCCUAACGCGCCAUUGUACCAUAGUUAUAGUUACUAUACCCAAAAUAACCCCAAUAUGCAUUUAUCUCCAGAUCACCAGCAUUUAUCCCUAAACAAGCCACACGACCACCAGCACCAGCAACAGCCACAGCAGCCACAGGAGCAAGUGGCGCAGAGACGGCCGCACACGGGCUCCGCCGCAUCUGCCACAGACAUCUCCCAGCUCGCGAAUGCAUCUGUGGCCAGCGCGCCCUCCUCGCUCAGCGCCACCUCCUCGCCGCCGCACGGCCAGUUUGCCGCCCUCCCCCUCCCGGGCUCGCUCUUCGCAGCAGACCAGCAGAAGCAGACCGGCAUCCAGCUGCCCCUGCCCUUCCCGCAGGGCUCCUCUGCAUCGGCGCCCCCCUCUGCAUCGGCCUUACGACAGCCGCCACCACAACAGCAUGCUCCCAUAUGUCCCAAGGGCACGGCCGCCGGCUACGCCCCCUACCCUGGCUACAAUAUGCAGCAGUAUGUCCAGACGCCACCCAUCUACCCGGUCUCGCGCUACGGCAUCAGCUCCGCCGCCCAGCUGUCUUUUGCCCCGCACAUGGUGUCCCCCUCCGCCCAGAUCAGCCCGUUGCCGCAGCAGGUCUACGCCUACCCGCUACAGCAUGAAAACCCGCCUUCCAGGGGUAGCGCUUCUGGAACGCACACAACCGUCAACGCAGACACACUUCUCAACUUCACCGGACGCAAAACGAUGCAUGGAAAGGAACGGAAAUGA